GCAACCUUUAUUUCGUGAACAUUGUGUUGAUUCAAAAUUUUUCGUCAGCUAGAAAUGGCGGCUGUCAAUAAACCGAACCAACCACGAACUUCUAAGGAAACUUUACUGGGAAAGCGAGCUGCUGUAGAAGCUGCCUUUCGAAAAAAAAAGGAAUCGGAACGUAGAGCCCUAGGUCUGGUUGAGCAUAUGGUGGAGAAUUCGGCUGUUGACACACAGUGGCUUGCAGAUAAUGCCAAAUUCAUCAAUCCUCAAUAUUAUCAAGAUACAAUUGAAGAAAGAGCUAUUGCCAAACAGUGUGGCUUCCCGGUAUGUCAUAAUCUCAUAGAAAAAGAAUUGAAGCAAAAGUAUCGCAUUGAUUCAAAAACAAAGAAAGUCUUUGAUGUUACUCAACGAAAGAACUUCUGCAGUGAUGUUUGUUUUUCUGCUUCAAACCAUUUCAAAGACCAGUUGCUAACCAGCCCACUAUGGAUGAGGCAUAAAGAAAAAAUCCCUAGAUUUGAAAUCAAUCAUACACCAAAGAAGAGUCUAAAGGGAGAUGAAUUUGUUUUAAUUGCUGUUGCUGUUCCUGAUGAGGAAAACAAUACUGAAGAAGAUGUGGAAGUUAUUAAAGAAAAAACAGCAUUGAAGCCGAAAACCCAAAGGAAAAUUGUCUCAGAGCCAGUGGUUAAUCCCUGUAAAUUGGUUUCGAAAAUCGUACAGCAAUGGUUUACGAUGAGAACGUUCAAGUGGAUUCGUAACGUUAAAGAGGAAUUCAUAGACAAUGGCGUUGAUUCCAUCCAAGAAAAGUUGCUUCAAAUGAAUAUCAAUAACCCAAAUGUUAAAGAAGAAGGAAUAAAUCUUCCAAGGAGGCAGUUCCAACCGCAAACUGAAGAUCAGCAUUCUCUCAAACAGUUUCGUGCCUUCUUAGCAGGGAAGACGAAAUACGCAGUCGAAAAAGAUGACUGUUCAAUCAUCAAAGAUAAUACAGGGGACGUUAUUGAAAAUAAAGAAGAAACUGUUUCAAUUAUCAUUCCUUUGGCUAAUGUCUCAGCUCAAAAAAACCUCCGCAAAAAGAUUGUCAUGGAUUACGUCGAGAAAGGUUUCCCGCAAUUGACGACCAUAACGGGUCUCGAGUUUCGUCGAUAUCAGCGUGAUCUGAUACAACUUGUAUCAACUUUCAGUUUGACAGCCGACACUAUUACGUUCCGAUCACAUGAAAUACCUUUCUUGUGCUUCAUCCUAAUCACAUGCUUAGCGACGAGAGAUUCUGAAGUUAAAGAUAGGCUAACGCGUGAGCCAGUAAAAACUGAAGUGUCGUCUUUUCUGGCUGAUUACGAAAGAACUAUGGAACAGUUGGAAGAAUAUGUGAUUGAUCUAUGUAACCCUUUUGAAAAUUCGCCGAAUUAAACUCAUAUUUGCAAAAUUCGGUAUAUGUGUGAAUAUGAAAUUGCGUGAAACGAA